AUGUUGAAUUUAAGGGUCAAUCGGCUUCUUCGUAGACCCUUAAUCCGAUUUUCAGCUUGCCCAAUUUCUACCGGCGGAGCCGAUGCAUCUUCGUCGACAUCCUCGCCGGAGAAUCCUAGCUUAAAUCAACGAGAAGCUGUUUCUUUUCAAGAAAAUGACCAAUUAGGAGAAUCCAGGCGAUUGGGUUUCGGAAAGUCACCGGCUUUGGAUACUUCGAGCGUCAGUGAAGCUAAAUUCGGAGAAAUUCGAAACCCUAGGCUCAAUAGGUUCGACGAGAUUGAUGGAGAAGAAGAAGACGAAGAUGACGAAGACGAUGACGAAAAUGGAAGAAUUGACGAAGAUCGUGAUGAUGGUUUUGCUGUUCUGGAAUCUUUCGGGAAGAUCCCACAGUCGAGAGAAGAAGUUAGUAGAUUUGAUGUCGAAGAAGAUGAAUCUAGGCAUCCUUUGGUGAGAGAGAUAACUAGAUUGAUUGGUCUCAGGUCAUCUUGGAACCCAAAGCAUGAAGGCCAGAUGAGGAAUCUUCUAAGGAGCCUUAAACCAUCACAAGUCUGCGCUGUUUUACGCUCACAAGACGACGAACGGGUUGCUCUCAAGUUCUUCUACUGGGCUGAUCGUCAAUGGCGGUAUCGCCAUGACCCUGUUGUGUAUUACUCGAUGCUUGAGGUUCUAGGCAAGACUAAACUGUGUCAAGGUGCUAGAAGAGUUCUCCUUCUGAUGAAGCGUAGAGGUAUACAUCGAACCCCUAAAGCGUUUUCGCUUGUGAUGGUAUCAUACAGUAGGGCAGGUCAGCUUAGAGACGCGUUGAAGGUGUUGACUCUUAUGCAGAGAGCUGGAGUUGAACCUAACUUGUUGAUCUGUAAUACUGCUAUCGACGUGUUCCUGAGAGCGAAUAGGUUAGAGAAAGCUUUACGGUUUCUUGAACGUAUGCAGGUUGUUGGUAUAGUUCCAGAUGUAGUGACUUAUAAUUGUUUGAUCAGAGGGUACUGUGACUUGCUUCGAGUUGAGGAAGCAAUUGAGCUACUAGAGGAAAUGCCUAGCAAAGGGUGUGUGCCGGAUAAAGUUAGCUACUAUACCAUCAUGGGCUUUCUCUGUAAAGAGAAGCGGAUUGUGGAAGUGAGAAACUUGAUGCAGAAAAUGGCGAAAGAGCAUGGUUUGGUGCCGGACCAAGUCACUUACAAUACUCUGAUUCAUAUGCUCACAAAGUAUGAUCAUGCGGAUGAGGCUCUUUGGUUUCUUAACGAUGCUGAAGAAAAAGGUUUUCGGAUUGAUAAGGUGGGUUAUAGUGCUAUAGUUCAUGCAUUGUGCAAAGAAGGAAGAAUGUCCGAGGCGAAAGAUCUCAUAAACGAGAUGCUGUCGAAGGGGCAUUGCCCUCCCGAUGUAGUAACUUAUACCGCGGUUGUGAAUGGCUUCUGUCGUUUGGGUGAGGUGGACAAAGCCAAGAAGCUGCUUCAGGUUAUGCACACACAUGGAUACAAACCAAACACUGUGUCAUACACAGCUCUGUUAAAUGGGAUGUGUCGGACGGGGAAAUCGUUAGAGGCGAGAGAAAUGAUGAACAUGAGUGAAGAGCAAUGGUGGAGUCCGAAUUCUAUUACUUAUAGCGUACUUAUGCAUGGGUUUCGUAGGGAAGGGAAGUUUUCUGAAGCCUGUGAUGUGGUCAGAGAGAUGGUACUUAAAGGGUUUUUCCCAGGGCCAGUUGAAAUUAACUUACUGCUCCAGAGUCUUUGCCGGGAUGGGAAAGCACACGAGGCCAGAAAAUUCAUGGAGGAGUGUCUGAACAAGGGCUGUGCUAUUAACGUCGUGAAUUUCACUACAGUGAUUCAUGGUUUUUGUCAGACCGAUGAGCUAGAUGCUGCUCUCUCAGUGCUCGAUGACAUGUACCUGAUCAACAAACACGCAGAUGUCUUCACAUAUACUACUUUGGUUGAUGCAUUGGGGAAAAAAGGUAGAAUAGAAGAAGCAACAGAACUUAUGAAGAAGAUGCUUCAUAAAGGCUAUCUUAAGAGCGGUGAAGCUCUGUCAGCAUACAAAGUGGCUUGUCGGAUGUUUAACCGCGACUUGAUACCUGAUGUUAAGAUGUGUGAGAAGCUAAGCAAGAGACUGGUUCUGGAAGGAAACGUUGAUGAGGCAGAUCAGCUUAUGUUACGGUUGGUUGAACGUGGUCAUAUGUCACCUCAGUCCUCAAAACAGUCGAUGGUCUCAUAA